AUGGAUGAACCUCAUUUGAAACGUAAACAUACUAUUUUACAGGAGCAUCCUGAAGUCGAAAAAUUAUAUGGUACAGAUAUUCGUACAUUCUAUGUAACCAUCGUUAUUGUCCUAGUUCAGUUAAGUAUAGCUUAUACUUUGGGUAAUAAAAUAUGGUCACCACCAUGGUUUAUCUUUAUUUCGAUUGCUUAUCUUAUUGGUGGUACCUUAACAAGUACACUUGGUGUUAUCAUACAUGAAGCUUGUCAUUGUUUAGUAUUUAAUAAGAAAUGGAAGAAUCGAUAUGUAGGGUUAUUAGCCAAUGUCACCAUACCAGUACCUAUUGCUCAAUCAUUUCGUCGUUAUCAUAUCGAACAUCACACUUGGCAAGGUGUAGAAGGAAUGGAUCCUGAUUUACCGCUAGAAUGGGAAAAGACAUUCAUUCGUGGUAAUGCUAUCAGUAAGCUUUUAUGGGUGAUGAUUUAUCCAAUUAUGUAUGUUGUACGUGGUGCAGUGAUGCAGAGUGACAAAAGCUUGACAUUAUCUAAAUGGGAAUUGAUUAAUUUGGUAUUUACUAUUUGUACGGAUGCUAUUAUUCAACACUAUUGUGGAUGGAAGGGCUUGUUUUACUUGUUUCUGUCACUUUGGUUUGGUUAUUCGCUUCAUCCUGGUGCAGCCCAUUUUAUACAAGAACAUUAUACAUUUGAUGAUGGACAAGAAACCUAUUCUUACUAUGGUAUUUUAAAUAUACCUUUUAUGAAUAUUGGAUAUCAUAAUGAGCAUCAUGAUUUUCAAAAGAUUCCCUGGUCAAAUUUGCCAAUACUUCGUUCAAUAGCAAAGGAUUAUUAUGACAAAUUAUCAUAUCACACUUCAUGGAUUAUGGUACACUGGAAGUUUAUUACUCAGCCUUCGAUUGGUCCUCAAUCGCGUGUUAUUCGUAGCUAUAAUGAUUUUAAGCAAGGCCGUUCUAUUCUUGGUAAAAUGAGACAAUACAAUUUACGAAAGAAAAAAACAGCAACUAAUAAUAAGCAUUAA